CUAGAACAGAGGGUUUGAUUGAGGAUGCUGGAGAAGAUUGGACUUCCGCCCAGGCCGUCUGCGCGUGGCCGGACCUGGGUGGUGGAUGCGUCGCACUGCCAGAACUGCGCCUCGCCUUUCUCGAUCUUCAAUCGCAAGCACCAUUGUCGGAGAUGUGGAGGCCUUUUCUGUGGCAACUGUGUCCAAUCCAGAAUGUAUCUCCGCGGCCAAGGAGACGCUCCAGUGCGCAUUUGUGAGCCUUGCAAGAAGCUAGAAGAAGCCGCUCGCUUCGAAGCUCGCCAGGGACGCAAAAAGAAAGUAGAGGAAACCAGCGAUGAAGAGGACUUACUAAAGUCUCUUCUCGUAAACAAAGAAUCGGAACCUGCUACCUCGGAACCAGUCUCGCCGGAAACUUUGCGACAGCAGGCGCAGGAGGCGAGAGCUACAUAUUCUGCCUUGAAAAAGGAAGGGAAGGCCGAAGAUGCAACCAAGGCCUUCAGGCGUGCCAAAGAACUCGAACGGCAGGCUGAUGCGUUAGCAUUGUUUCUUCGUAGAAACGUUAAAAAGGCUUCAAAGGCUAGCAGUGCCACUGAAGAGAAUACUUUGCAGACAACGAAGUCCGAGAACUUUGGAAAGACUGUUGGUAUGUCUUCCGAAAGGCCGUCGAGAAGAAGCACAGGUGACGAAGAUCUUAUGAAGGAGCUCAGAGAUCUUGGCUGGUCGGAGGACCUGGAUAGGAAAAAGGCCUCUGACGCAGACAUACUGAGCGAAGGCGAGCCUACUUCAGGCACCGCAGCUGGAACACUACAGAUGGAAAUUCUUGGUCUCAAAAGAAAAGCAUUAGCUCUCAAACGGGAAGGAAAGAUGGCAGAAGCGAAGGAGGAGCUCAAGAAGGCCAAAGUUCUGGAGAGACGGCUGGAAGACAUCCAAACUCUAGGUGAAGAUGUAUUAGAUGAAGAGGAGGACGGCGGGGACGAAGUUAGCGCGGUUUUGAAAGCCUUGGAGAAAGAAGUGGAUACGAAGCACAAAGGCUCUGGGAAGGAAGUUCCACUUUCUGCUGCUAGUCUUCCAGUCGUCACCGAGGAAGACGAGGCACAAGUUCACGUAAGCGAUACGGACAUGUCCGAUCCAGAUAUGAUCGCGGCGUUAAGGGCCAUGGGCUGGGCUGAGGAAGCCGGAGUCCUGGAAAGUUUCAGCGCUCCGAGGACUGACCGCAUCAAUAAGCAGGAGCUCCAGGCCGAAAUUCUACGUCACAAACGCGAGGCCUUGGCUCUCAAACGUGCUGGAAGGAUGGCGGAGGCUCGGGACGAGCUGAAGCAAGCAAAGACCUUGGAGCAGAUGCUGGAGGCGUCACAAGUUCCAAAGCCCGAAGCUAUGACGGAGGAUGAUGAGCACGUCGAGGUCAGCUAUCAAGAUAUGCAAGAUCCAGAGAUGCUAGCAGCGCUGCAAGCGUUGGGAUUCAGCGAGCCGGAUAUGAAGAAGGAAAAGCGCGCUCUGGAGGAAGAAGUGAGUGCUGUUAAGUGGUCAGCAGCUGCAAUGCAGUCGCGAGAACAAGCAAAACACCGGACGGAUCAGGCCGCCUUGAAACCGAUGAAAAUCCCAGCGACAACAUCCUACAUUAUCGACGACGUUGACGAUACUGGCGAGGCACUCACCAUCCAAAGCUUAAAGUCCGAUCCAGAACUUGCUGCUGCUUUGAAAGGGAUGAACCUGGAUGGCGAGGUUGGAGAACUUCCACCGUCGCACGCAGAAGCUGUAGAAACACCUCAAAGACGGCCGAAACCGAGAGCUAUACCUUCCAUGCAAGAACUACCGCAAAGAAGCAAGCGUGAGAUUCAGAAGGAACUCCUUGGUAGAAAGAGGAAGGCGUUGGCUCUGAGGCGUGAAGGGAAGGAGGACGAGGCUGAGAAGGAACUCAAGGACGCCAGCGUUCUAGAGGCACAACUCAAGGCUCUGGAAGAUGCGGAGAGACCUCCAGUUCAUGUUCAUGAGAACGAAGAAGUUGACGAGGAUAACACCGAGCAGGCCGAGGUAACCGACGAGGACAUGAAUGAUCCUGCUAUGCUGGCCGCUCUGAGCGAGAUGGGAUUCAAAGAGGACGUAUCUACAAAAGCGAACGAUAAGAAAGAAGAAGCAACACGGAGAGAGAGUUCUUUCGAAGGCGAAUACGGAGAAAUCGGCCUUCUGGUAGACAUUGUUCCUCCGUUAUUCUCGAGAGCUACACACACACCGCCAGUCGCUCCCGUGAACCAACACCAAGACCUCCUCACUGGCGAUAUAUUCGUACCAUCAGUUCCCGAGAAGAAGACUAUAGAGCCCCCGGCAGUUCUAGCAGCAGUACAGCCUCCAGUGCCAAGCACGAACUUGAACUUGAACGUGCCUUCAUCGAGCAUCGAGCAGGAGAUUCUGGAGCACAAAAGACGAGCUUUACAGUUCAAGAGAUCUGGAAAUGUAGCUGCUGCCAAGGAGGAGCUCCGACAAGCCAAACUUUUGGAGAACCACAGGCAAGCAGUGGCUGUGGAGGAGGUUCCAGUUCCACGUCCAAGUGGAGCAGCACCACCGAAAGAUAGCAGCCGGAUCUCUCCUCCAGCCACAGGUCAGGCACCUCGCUCGAAGGACAGGAUGAAGAUACAGCAAGAAUCUCUUGCUCACAAAAGAAGAGCCUUGGCACUGAGGAAAGAAGGCAAGAUGGACGAGGCCGAGGCCGAGUUUGAGAAAGCAAAGGCUCUGGAGAAGCAGCUGGAAGAGAUGGACCCUCCAUCUCGAGUUCCGGGUUUGCAAGCGAGCGCUAUGGACGGAGUGGAAGAUCUUUUGGAUCCACAGCUUCUGGCAGCUCUCUCAGGUCUUGGCUGGCAGGAUGAGGAGAUGAAGCUGCCGUCCUCUCGAUCUCCUCAGCAGCAACAGCAGCAACAGAAGCAAAGCAGCUCCUCGCCAUCGCAAGAGCUGCAAGAUCGAGUGCGAAAGCUAAAAGUCCGUGCUGUGGAGCUCAAGCGAGCUGGAAGGCAGCAGGAAGCGCUGGAAGUUCUUAGAGAGGCAAAAGCUCUCGAGAACAUAAACAAAAGCUAGCAAAACUCUAGUAUGGUGCACACUUUGUAUGGCUGGCAUAUUCAUUUUGGCAUCAAGCCAAAAGAUUCUCUGGAUAUACUAAAACGGCAACAGCUUUCUCUAUGACUCGGCUUCUAUAUAAAACAUUGAACAAUUCACCCAA